GUGCAGAACAAGAUAAGCAAGGCGUCGGUCUCUCUCUGUCGGGGGUCUCACACUCUGAUCAUCUGAUGCUUCCUCUAGGAGCGGCAAGGCAAAUGACAAUGUCGCAGCUACUCCCGCCUGCUACAACCCUAUUCCUCUCCCCCUUCCCACCUCCUCCUCACCUCCACUUGUGCACAGCCGCAGCCGCCGUGGGGAGGCGUGGGGCCGGGGAGAACGCGGCGGCGGCUUCCGGGACGACGGCGAGGGAGCGCCGCCUGCUGAAGGUGCGGGAGGAGCGCCGCCGCCGCGAGUACGACCGGGAGCACACCUACCCUGGCUGGGCCAAGGUUCUGGAGAAUGCCUGCAGGGAUGACGAGGAGCUCCGCGCCGUUCUUGGCGAUAGCAUCGGCAACCCAGAGCUCAUGAAGCAAAGGAUCCAAGAAAGGGUGCGCAAGAAAGGCAGGGCACAGUUCAAUAAAUCAAAAACAGGGUCCAUUGUUGCUUUUAAAGUCAGCUUCCGAGACUUCAACCCGUUAAAUUCAUUCAUUUGGUUUGAACUCUUUGGAGAACCAACAGAUCGAGACGUUGAUCUGCUUGGCGGGGUAAUUCAAGCUUGGUAUGUUAUGGGAAGGCUAGGAGCAUAUAAUUCUUCAAAUUUGCAGCUGGCCAAUUCAAUGUUGGAAUAUGACCCUUCAUAUGAUUCUGACGAGGCUUCUGCUGUAAUGCCUUCAUCUUUCCAUGAUAUCAGUGAUGUCGAGUUCCAAGAUAAUUGGGCCAGGGUUUGGGUGGACCUUGGAACCUCAGAUUAUCUUGCACUGGAUGUAUUGCUGAACUGCCUAACACAGUUGAGCUCAGAACACUUGGGUAUCAAACAGGUGGUUUUUGGCGGCAAAAAAAUGGGCGACUGGGAAGAGGGCAUGACGAGCUCUGAUUAUGGAUACAAGCACUUCAAGAUAUAAUAGUUCACAAGGGACUUGCAAUGGCGAUGCAAGGCCGUCCUUGGUUCUCAUCUGCGAGAGAUGUUUUGUUGAGGACUGACUCAAGAUUGUGCCUGGAUUUGGAUGUGCUCUUUUAUGUAAAUAUUUUUCAUAUAUGUUUUAUUAUCACGACAGCACCGAAUCCAGCAUUCCGGGGGGGGAAAAAGUGUACUGUUCAAAUUAGAACUAAUAGCAAGGCUAAGAGAAAAUACGAAUGCACCAGUGUUGUUUCAGACACGUCUGUUGCAGUAUGAUUAAAACAUGAGGCAUGCUGCAGGUUGAUUGUUUGGCCACAUAGAAAGUAAGGAAUACUGUCUAUAAUGUAGCAAACUCUUGAUUU